GGCCGGCGCGGCGGGGCGAUCGCGCGGAUGGCGGCGCUGGCGGCGGCGGCCGGGAAGGUGUGGAGCGCGCGGCGGCGGCUGGUGCUGCUGCUCACGCCGCUCGCGCUGCUGCCCGCGGUCUUCUUCCUCCCGCCCAAGGAAGGCCGCUGCCUGUUUGUCAUCCUGCUCAUGGUGGUGUACUGGUGCACGGAGGCCCUGCCCCUCUCGGUGACGGCCCUGCUGCCCAUCGUCCUCUUCCCCUUCAUGGGCAUCCUGCCCUCCAGCAAGGUCUGCCCCCAGUACUUCCUCGACACCAACUUCCUCUUCCUCAGCGGUCUGAUCAUGGCCAGCGCCAUCGAGGAGUGGAACCUGCACCGCAGAAUCGCCCUCAAGGUCCUGAUGCUUAUUGGGGUGCAGCCGGCCAGGCUCAUCCUGGGGAUGAUGGUGACCACCUCGUUCCUGUCCAUGUGGCUGAGCAAUGCCGCCUCCACCGCCAUGAUGCUGCCCAUAGCCAAUGCCAUCCAGAAGAGUCUCUUUGGCCAGAAGGAGGUUGGAAAGGACCAGGAGAGUGAAGCAAACAUAGCUGCUGUGCGGAGAAACGGCCUACACACUGUGCCCACGGAGAGGCAAUUUCUCGCCAGCUCAGAAGACAAAGGCCACCCUGAGGAGGUGGAGGCUCCGAUGGACCUGCUGGCGGACUCCAAGAAAGAGGAGGAAUAUCGCAGCAACAUCUGGAAGGGCUUCCUCAUCUCCAUCCCCUACGCGGCCAGCAUAGGGGGCACCGCCACCCUCACGGGCACGGCCGCCAACCUCAUCCUGCUUGGCCAGCUCAAGAGUUUCUUCCCGCAGUGCGACGUGGUGAAUUUCGGCUCCUGGUUCAUUUUCGCCUUCCCUCUGAUGCUGCUGUUCCUGCUGGCAGGCUGGCUGUGGAUCUCCUUCCUGUACGGGGGGAUGAGCCUGAGGGGCUCCAGGAAGACCUCUGAGAUAAGAGCUGACGCAGAAGACAGGGCUCGAGCUGUGAUUCGAGAAGAAUUCCAGAACCUGGGGCCCAUCAAGUUUGCUGAACAGGCCGUUUUCGUCCUUUUCGGCAUGUUCGCCGUCCUCCUCUUCUCCCGAGACCCGAAGUUCAUCCCUGGCUGGGCCAGCUUCUUCACUCCGGGGUUUCUUUCCGAUGCUGUUACCGGCGUGGCCAUUGUCAUCGUUUUGUUCUUCUUCCCGUCCCAAAAGCCUUCUCUCAAGUGGUGGUUUGACUUCAAAGCUCCCAACACGGAGACAGAACCCCUGCUGACAUGGAGGAAGGCCCAGGAGACGGUGCCCUGGAACAUCAUACUUCUCCUGGGAGGGGGCUUCGCCAUGGCCAAAGGCUGUGAGGAGUCGGGGCUGUCUUCGUGGAUCGGCGGGAAGCUGGACCCCCUGGAGAACGUGCCCCCCGCGCUGGCCAUGCUGCUCAUCACCGUCGUGGUCGCCUUCUUCACCGAAUUCGCCAGCAACACUGCCACCGUCAUCAUCUUCCUGCCGGUGCUGGCGGAGCUGGCCAUCCGCCUGAGGGUGCACCCCCUGUACCUGAUGAUCCCCGGCACGGUGGGCUGCUCCUAUGCCUUCAUGCUCCCGGUCUCGACGCCUCCCAACUCGAUCGCCUUUGCCUCUGGACACUUGCUGGCCAAAGACAUGGUGCGGACGGGCCUCCUGAUGAACCUGAUGGGCGUCCUGCUGCUCAGUUUGGCCAUGAAUACCUGGGCACAGAGCAUCUUCCAGCUGGGCACCUUCCCGGAUUGGGCUGCUGUCCACCCAGCCAAUGUCACAGCACUGCCACCCACCUUGGCCAACAGCACACUUCAGACCUUCUGAAUUCCCCUGGGGACUCCCUUGAGGCUGGGCCCUUCCAGAGGGCUUUCGCCACCACCUGCUGCUAGGACCCUACAGGACAAACAAUUCUUUUCUGUAAUCCAAUAUGCAGCAAGCAAGGAGGGUAACCUCCCGUGGUCCACUCAGGCCCACAGGCUCAUUGUCUAGGGCACUUUCUCUUCCUCAUGCACUGCAAUGCCCAGCCGUCUCCCAGAUCUGCCGCCUGAGAAGCAAGCUCCUUCAUCUCUGCGCUGUCAUAUGCUUAGGAUGCAAGAGAGCCCAGUUUCAGCAACAGUCCGCAAAUCUGGAAUGGCGUUUGUCUUACACAGUUGGGACAGGAGGCCAUCUGUCCCCAUGGGCACAGCUUAUAUUAUCUCCCACUGACUACUUUAGGUUGCGCUCUAGAAAGACCUUUUUGUCUUAAGGAUCACUUUCCUGGGAGAGGCUUUUGGGGCUGCGAUGUUUCGGUCCAGCUGUUCCAGCUGUUCACAACCAGUGUGUGUUCUGCUUGGCUGGUUUCCAGCCUGCAGCAGUUGUUUGAAUACUAUAAUCCUUCUGCUAAUACACAGCAGCCAGACACUUUUUUUCCCAAUCCCUGGAGACAGAGGGAGGGACAGGUGAUGGGAAUUUCCAAGGACAUGGCGACUGUGAAAAGCCUUCUUGCUGUUUCUCUGGGCGCCCAAGCGCCCCAGGGGAGUUCUAGAAACCACAGCUGACAUCUCUACCCAAGAGGUUUAGGAUUCUCCUGUUUAACCGGAUUCAGUUCAGCCAUAAUUCUGGGGUCAGGCCAGGCCUGGGCUCUACCUUCUCAUAGGUGACCCAUGGCCUCUCCAGCCAGGACCCUCAGGGACCUCUCCGGCUGCAGGGUAGCAGCUGCUUCUUGUCCCGGCAGCUGGUCUUUAUCUUCCUACCCCCACUCCAAGCGGUAGGCAUGUUUAAUUAGCAAAGGCCACAUUUUUCAGGGGUGAGAGAAAAGUCAAAAGAUAAAUUGGGGCCUUGUAAAAAGGCCAGGGUAAAAUGUCUCAGGCAGGCAAAAUAUUGUCCCCUUGUACAGAUGGGGAAAACUGAGGUAUUCCCAUGAGCCUGGGGCCGGAGAGAGACAUCCUAGAGGAUUUCCUCCCUCUUUGUUUCAAGCAGAACCACCUUGGCCUCCCCAGUGAAUAGCACAUCACUCGGCAGGGCAGGCACUCAGAAGUGUCUGCUGCCCGGAAGGGCGCAGUAUCAGCCCAGCAUCCAAGAAGGCACCGGCCGAGGGACCCUGAACCUCAAACUCCCCCUUCCUGUGCCUUGGAGGGCUGAGAUUCCCCCAGGAGCAGCGUGGCUGCAGCCAGGAAGGCAGCACCGGGGACUGAACUCGCCCUUGACACGGCACAAGUGAGUCACAGGUGCUUCCCAGAGAGCAGGGGGAGCCCCCGUUGGAGGCUGAGCUCCGCCUCCUUCCGAGUGGGCGCGCCAGUAUUCAGCCAGUUACAGCCACUGGGCUUGGUGAGUGGGGCCCCUGUGUGGGACAGGAAGGUUCAUCCAUAGAGAAAACCACGGGAUUUGUAACCAGAUGAAACAUGAUUCCAAAUACUUCUGAUCAAAAGUGCUGUAAAAUAAAGAAUGUUAAUCAACAUUA